UAUUUCAUAUACACCUUAGGAAAAACCAUUGUUAUACAUGGGAAAUCAUUUCUUGGCAACAGCGCAUCGGCUCGUCUACUUUCAUCGCUAUUCGUACAUAUUUCCUACCGUUAACGCGCACCUGUAUCACGAAUGAGAAUAAUAAGCAGAUACGCUGUGUUGCCAAUUUGAGUAGAGCUUCCCGAAUUGUGGGGAAUUUAGAGUUAAGUGUUGAUUCAUUCAAGCUUUUAAUCAGCAUGGCCUAGACGUUAGAACUUCAUAAAGAUAACAUUGAAGCUGAAUGCUGCUGGAGAAUAGUGUUUCGAAUAUUCAGAGCGGAGCGGGACACUAUACUCGUUCAAUGGGUCAUCAAGCCACAGUCUUUCCAACAAAGAAAUUAUUUUACGAAAAUGCGUUAUAUUUUUACGAUUUUGUCGUCACCAAAUCUCUGUUUCUCAAAAUGUACGUCUAUUGUAGAAUUUUCAGCAAACUAAGCAAGAAACGUGAUCUAGUAUUUACUCAACAUUACGGAUUUCUCGAAAUACAUUAAGAAAUGUGACCUAGAUACCUAACU